AUGUCGUCUACUGCUACACCGGCUGCCCUUGAUGCCUCAAAAUUGGUCAUUCACAAGACCGAGAAUCCAAAGCAAAAGUUGCCAAAUGAAAAGUUGGUUUUUGGAAGAUCUUUCACGGAUCACAUGCUAGAGGUCCCAUGGCACAAGACCUCCGGAUGGGGAACUCCGGUCAUCAAGCCAUACGGAAACAUCACAUUGGAUCCAUCUGCCAUCGUCUUCCACUAUGCUUUUGAGUUGUUUGAAGGUAUGAAGGCUUACAAGGACGCCAAGGGACACAUCAGAAUUUUCCGUCCUGACAAAAACAUGACGAGAAUGAACAAGUCCGCCAGCAGAAUUUGCUUGCCAACGUUUGACAGCGAGGAGUUGAUCAAGUUGAUCGGUGAGCUCUUGAAACUUGACAAGUCUUUCAUUCCUGACCAGAGAGGAUACUCUCUGUACAUUAGACCAACCAUGAUUGGUACUACCACCGGAUUGGGUGUUCAUGCCCCAGAGGAUGCUCUUUUGUACGUCGUCUGCUCACCAGUUGGUCCAUACUACUCCACAGGCUUCAAGGCUGUGAGGUUGGAGGCCACCGAUUACGCUGUUAGGGCAUGGCCAGGUGGUGUUGGUGACAAGAAGUUGGGUGCUAACUACGCUCCUUCUGUCAAACCACAGUUAGAGGCUGCUUCCAGAGGCUACCAGCAGAACUUGUGGUUGUUUGGCCCAGACAAGCACGUCACUGAAGUUGGUACCAUGAACUUUUUCGUUGCUUUCCAGGACAAGAAUGGAAAGAAGGAGUUGGUUACUGCUCCAUUGGAUGGUAUGAUCUUGGAGGGUGUCACCAGAGACUCCAUCCUUAACUUGUGCAAGGAGAAGUUGGACAAGAGCGAGUGGACCAUCUCUGAGAGAUACUGCUCGAUCAAAGAGAUCCAGGAGAAAGCCCAGAAGGGUGAAGUUCUAGAAGCUUUUGGUUCCGGAACUGCUGCUGUUGUUUCCCCAGUCAAGGAGAUUGGUUACGAUGGACAGCACAUCAAGAUACCAUUGCUUCCAGGUGAAGAGGCUGGUGCCCUCACUAAGCAGAUUGCUCAGUGGAUUGCCGAGAGACAGUAUGGUAUUGUUGAGAGUGACUGGUCCAGGGUUAUCGAUUAA